AGAAAAAUAGAGUUCAGUGAAGAGAAUUUUCUUUUCGAUGAAAUUAUUUACUUAAACUUGAUAUGUGUAUCUUAAAACAGUAUUUAAAAGAACUACUUCUACGAUGUACGCUCAACGUGCAAUUUAGAUUUAAUGAUGAAUUCUAAAGACAAAAAGAUGGAGUUUCAAUGGGUUCUCCAUUGGAUUCUCUCUUGGCUGAUUGUUUCAUGACCAAUCUGGAAAAUUCUCUACUUCUUCAGAUAAUUGAGAGAUUUCAUUUAUAUAAGAGAUAUAUGGAUGAUACUUUUAUUAUUUGUGAAGAAGACAUGGACCUAAACGAAAUUUUGAAUAGUUUCAAUAAUUGUCACCCCUCAAUUCAAUUUACCUUAGAAGCAGAGGCAAACAAUGAAUUUCAUUUUCUUGAUGUCCGAUUGAAAAGAAUGCCAAACGGUUUCCUACAAAUAUCUAUAUAUAGAAAACCUAAUUGGAAUGGACAAUACACGAAUUUCCAUAGUAGAGUCCCAUUGAGUAGAAAGAGGAAUUUAAUUCACUCUUUAUCCUCUACGAUUAAACGAGUCUGUUCCACUGACACAAUAGAUGGGGAACUAUCUCAUCUUCGACAAACUCUCAUCAGAAACGGUUAUCCACCUAGAUUCGUCUAUAGCAACUUAAUACCAAGACUUCACCAUGAAAAACCAUCGACAUUACAGAAGAAAACCCUGUUUAUGAAUAUGGAAUUUAAAGGAGACACGGCUGCUGAAAUCUUAAACAAACGGCUUUCAAAAUAAUUGAAUAAAACUUUCUACACAUCCAAGCUCCGCAUUGUUUUCUCAAGCUGUCCAACCAUUCCUGAAUGUGUUAAAGAUAAACUUCCGCAUUGGGCCACACCUAUGUUUAUUUAUAAAUUUACGUGCUCAUGUGGGGCUCGCUAUAUAGGCCGUACAAUGCGAUCACUUUCCAAACGCAUCUCAGAACACUAUCCGGCUUGGCUUUUAAAAGGAGAAUUUAAGACAAUCACUAGUUCUAUACACCAGCAUUCCAAUUAAUUGUGGACAAAUCGCUCCGAAAGAUUAUUCUUUUAAUCUACUGAGUCAAAGGACCUGGAUCGAAGGGGUGUCGAAUCAAUAUUCUAUACACUGCUGAAGCAUCGGCAAUCCACGAACUCAAACCAGAACUUUGCGUGCAGAAACGAUUCGUCCAACCUCUCAUCCCUCCUUGGCCCUAAUUCCCUUAAAGGAUAUGUUUCUGGUUGUUUUCACUUGCAUGUUUUUCUGCACUUUUUUAAAAUUAUACUCUCCAUUGUUCAUGACGUUCAUUUUAAGAAGCUUUAAUAGAUUGGACUUCACUCUGGAUUCCAAUUUUCUAACAUUAAUAUUAGAUGAAGCGUCCUGCAAG